AUGAAUUCAGCUGGCACACUAUUCGUCACAGAAGAAGAAGAUGUGCCUGUGCCGCCUAAUGUCGAUAGAAAUGGUGAUAACGAGGACGUGGAUAUGAAUGGCAAUGAUGACCACAGCAGUGAAGAAGCCGAUGAAAACGGAAACAAAGGCGAACAAGAAAAUGAAGCUGAAGAUAAAGACGAUAAAGAGGAUGAAGAAGAUGAAGAAGAUGAAGAAGAUGAAGAUCCCGUGAUUCAGGAAAUCCCAUUGAAUUUAGCAGGGCUUGACGAAGUUUUACAUGUAUUUCAGUACGCAAACAAGCCAAAGAAAGUUGGCUCCAAACCAGCAGACCGUCCCUUUGUAAGUGCUGCUAGGUAUAAAAGUGAAUCUUCUGUUUGGGAGCUAGAUGUACCCCUGGAUGAAACGGCAUUUUAUAAUAAAGGAAAGGCUGAAGAAAAAUGGAACGAGGCAAACAUUCAAACUCUGAGAGGCGUAGCAGUGGAGAAUGAAGGACAGUACGUAGGUUUUGUUUCAAAUGGUCAAAUAUACUUGACUCCAAUGCAAAAAGUAACACAGCUGAGACCUUUUUUCAAGUAUAUCGAUAGCGCCAGUCAACAGAAAAAACAAGAAGAGGCGAGAAGCAAUGUAAACCAUGCGUCACAGAAAACCCAAGUUAUUACAAUGUCUGUUAAGAGUGUUAAUGAUCCUACUCAAGUCAGAUUGGCAGGCUCCCUUUUGGCGCAUAAAUUACUGGAAGAAGAAGAAGCCAAAAAUUUAGCCUGGGUAGAGGACUCUUUCGAACAAUUUAAAGAAUCGAUAACCUCAAAAGCUUCAUCUCAUAUACUCAAAAGUGCAGGAGACGAACAAGACUAUUUAUCAAACGUAAUUUGA